AUGGAAAAACACGACCCCACCCCAGACACGCCCAGCGAGAAGUCCUCCCAAAACGACCGCCCUGGCGAACAACAAGUCGAGCACGUCACUCUCGAAGGCGCGGGCUUCGUCGAAGACAGACAGCGCUCUCGCCGUCUAGUCCGCCGCAUGGACUUGCAUAUCCUACCGCUCUGCGCCUGGAUCUAUCUUCUGAACUACCUCGAUAGAGGCAAUAUUGGGAACUCUAAGGUGUUGAACGAAGAGACGAACGACGACCUGCUGGACCAGACCGGCACGACGGCGAGCGGGUACGCGGUGGCGGUGAGCUUGUUCUCGUUGGCGUAUUUCUUGUUCGAGGUUCCGAGUAAUUGGAUCAUGAAACGAUAUGUUCGCCCUUCGAUUUGGUUGGGGACGCUGCUGGGGUGUUGGGGGGUGUUUACGAUUGGAUUUGCGGGCGUGCAGAACUACACUACUGUUGUUGUGCUGCGGUUCUUCAUUGGUGUCUUCGAAGCCGGCUUCUUCCCUGGUAAGUGCCUCGUGACGAGAACUCUAUCCCUCAUCUACAUCGUUCUGUCACGCGCAGAACAACCCUAUACGGCCUUCCUGAUUCCAAUGAGGCCGGCUCCUGGCUCGUUGUCUAAGACUUCUGCUGACGAGUUCUUCUUACGUGCGUAA